AUUAUGUAAAAGAGCAUGGGCAGACCAGAGCAUAUAUUCUUCAUGAGAAGUGGGUAAAAUAAGCGGUUCUAUUAGGUGCAUUCUCUGUUUGUGGCUGCACAAGUUGAGAGAAUGAGCGUGUACCUGUUGGUCCUGUGUCUGCUGUUGCUGCAGCAGGAGGGAAGAGCCAACCCAGAGCCUCAAGGAUGUUCAAGUCCUGAAGCUGUGAGGGUGGCUGAGGACGCCCUGGACCAGAUCAACCGAGACCAGACUGAAGGUUACAUCCUGAGCCUCAACAGACUGUACGAUGUCACUCACACUCCUGAAAAGGACACAGGUGGGUCGCUCUACAGUCUGACCAUUGAUGUGCUGGAAACCAAAUGUCCCAUCUUCAGCAGGAAAUCAUGGAAACAAUGUGAAGUCAGAAGUAUAGGUGAUCUUCCAGUGUAUGGAGAGUGUGAGAUAUCUGCCUACAUCGACUCUAAUGUCACCCUCAGAAGUUACACCUGUGCACUACGUGAAGUUUCAGCUGCUGAAGUUCAUAGUGUGUGCCCGGACUGUCCCACAUCUAAUAACCUCAGUGAUCCAAGUGUGAGGGAGACGGUCAAUCUGGCCCUGGAGAAGUUCAAUAAAGACAAUGGCCUAGCGAAAUACUUCAGUCUGGAGAAAAUCACCCGAGCCAGUUUUCAGUGGGUUGUUGGUCCGUCAACCUUUGUGGAGUUCAUCAUUGCGGAGACAGAGUGUUCAAAUGAAACUGACGCAAGGGACCUGAGCAACUGUUCACCGAUGGACUGUCAUUUUGCACACAGAGGCUUAUGUGAGGGCUCAUACAUGCAGAUGAUGGGACUAAGACUUGAAGUCCACCCCAAUGGAAAAAUUGUGCAAGUGAAGUGUGAGAUCUUUGAACCUGAGGCUGCCGUUGUGGAGGAGCAGGCUCAUGAUGAAGCAGCCCGAGGACACACAGAGCAUCAUCACAGCACCCACAAACAUCUGCACACCCAUGAACACCUGCACUCAGACACUCCCAGCACAGACGUCACCGUAUCCAAGUCAAAGACCUCCCUAGGGAGUGUUAGGAAUCUGCCUCCACCAGUCAGAGGUUCCCCAGCAGCCAGUUCAUGUCCCGGCUCACAUAGACAUCACCUGGGAAUCAGAAGUCUCGGGUUCUGAUUGCCUGAACCAGGAGAGUUAUGCAGUCAUUUUGUAUUCUCCUGCAUACUUCUGAAGAAAAGAAACUUCCCAGCAAAGAAACACAACUGUUAAAUAAAAUAUGUAAUAGUAGUUAGACAUAACAAUGUAUUCAUUGUAAAUGAUCUGAUGAACCAUUUGUUGAUUAAAGCAUUUAUAAAGUAA